CACCCGGCUUCAGCAGCAAGCGGCUUCGGGCCUCAGGUCCGCGCAGGCAGCGCCCAGGCAUCGCCAGGGGAAGGAUUCCGACCCCGGGCUGCUGUCUGCCGAAGCAGCGCUGGAGCCUCAGCCUGCGGCGCACGGCCGGGGAGGCGCGGUGCCCAGAGCCCCCGAGGUCUUGGCGAGAUCUGCCUUCUGGAGACUCCACCCAUCCUAAAGGAAGAGCCCAGAAAGAAGACAUGGCUAUUGGACAGAGGGAAGCAAGGCCUCGGGUGUCACUGACGUUCGAGGAUGUGGCUGUGCUCUUUACGCGGGAGGAGUGGAGAAAGCUGGGUCCUUCUCAGAGAAACUUGUACCAGGACGUGAUGCUGGAGAACUAUAGUAACCUGGUCUCAUUGGGACUCCUGUUUUCCAAACCAAAAGUGAUCUCCCUGUUGCAGCAAGGAGAAGAUCCCUGGAAGGUAGAGAAAGAAAGUCCUGGAGGCCCCUCUCUAGGAUAUAAGAGCAGUCCUAAAACUACAAAGUCAACUCAAACUCAAGAUUCAUUAUUUCAGGAGCUAAUAAGGAAAAGACUCAAAAGGGAUGAACCCUGGAAUUUCAUAUCAGAAAAAUCCUGUGUAUAUGAAGACAGAUUAAAGAAACAAAAGGACAAAAAUGAAAGUUUACAAAUAAUUUCAAUCACCCAUACAAAACUCCUCACUGUAGAAAGAAGCCAUAAAAAUACUGACUUUGGCCAAAAUUUCAGCCUGAGAUCAGUCUUUGUGAAGCAACAGAGGGUCGCUAGAGAAAAAACACCCUCAAAAUAUGAAACACAAAGAAAUAGCUUCAAGCAGAAUUCAAAUUUACUUAACCAACCAAAAAUCAAGAUAGCAGAGAAACGCUAUAAAUGUAAUAUAUGUGAAAAAGCCUUCAUUCACAAUUCAUCCCUUCGUAAACAUCAGAAAAACCACACCGGAGAGAAAUUAUUUAAAUGUAAAGAAUGUUUGAAAGCCUUUAGCCAAAGUUCAGCUCUCAUUCAACAUCAAAGAACUCAUACUGGAGAGAAACCCUAUAUCUGUAAAGAAUGUGGGAAAGCUUUCAGCCAUAGUGCGUCCCUUUGUAAACACCUUAGAAUCCAUACUGUGGAAAAAUCCUAUAGAUGUAAAGAAUGUGGUAAAUCCUUCAGCAGGAGAUCUGGCCUUUUUAUACAUCAAAAAAUCCACGCUCGAGAAAAUCCCCAUAAAUAUAAUCCGGGUAGGAAGGCAACCGGCCUUCCUGGAUGUCAGAGAAUUCACCUCAGAAAGAAGUCCUAUUUAUGCAAUGAAUGUGGCAACACCUUCAAGUCUAGUUCAUCCCUUCGUUAUCAUCAGAGGAUUCACACAGGAGAGAAACCUUUUAAGUGUAGUGAAUGUGGGAGAGCCUUCAGUCAGAGCGCAUCUCUUAUUCAGCAUGAAAGAAUUCACACUGGAGAAAAGCCCUAUCGAUGCAAUGAAUGUGGAAAAGGUUUUACUUCGAUUUCCCGACUGAACAGACACCGAAUUAUUCAUACUGGUGAGAAACUGUACAAUUGUAAUGAAUGUGGUAAAGCCUUAAGUUCCCACUCGACGCUGAUCAUCCAUGAAAGAAUUCACACUGGAGAGAAACCGUGUAAAUGUAAAGUGUGUGGGAAAGCCUUCAGGCAGAGUUCAGCCCUCAUUCAACAUCAGAGAAUGCACACUGGAGAAAGACCCUAUAAAUGCAACGAGUGUGGGAAAACAUUCAGGUGUAACUCAUCCCUUAGUAACCACCAGAGAAUUCACACAGGAGAGAAACCAUAUCGAUGUCUGGAAUGUGGGAUAUCUUUUGGCCAAAGUGCAGCUCUUAUUCAACAUCAGAGGAUUCAUACAGGAGAAAAACCCUUUGAGUGUAACACAUGUGGGAAAACUUUCAGACAGAGCUCAUCACUUAUUGCCCAUCAAAGAAUUCAUACUGGAGAGAAACCCUAUGAAUGUAAUACAUGUGGGAAACUUUUCAGCCAGAGGUCAUCCCUUACUAAUCAUUACAAAAUCCACAUUGAAGAAGAUUCCUUGAAAGUAGAUUUGCAUGUGUGCAAGCCUUAAACCAAAGCUCAUCACAGGAUACAUAUUUGAGAUUGAUUUAAUAAAUGUAAUGAACAUGAGAAAA